GCUGUUGAUAGUCAGCAGCAGCAGCAGCAACAACAACAACAACCUCAAUCGCAAACCUCGUCAACAGCAUUACCUGCAACAACUUCAAAACUCCAGCAAGACAGUCUGCGUAAGAACAGUUCGACGAGUUCAAGUAGCAGCAACAACAACAACAGUUCCUCACCUCAACAUCUAACAACCAGCAGCAGCAACAGAUCGCAAUCAUCUUCCACCAAAACGUCGCCGAUCAAGGCCUCUCUAGCGUCACCCACACAUUUCUCAGCCACCGACUGCCCGCGUAGCAGCAACCCUUACGACAAACCAUACCAUAUAAAUAAAAGUGACGUCACGAUCACGGGGGUUAGCGGGGCUGGCCGUAAUGAAGAAUGCACUUGUUGUGACGUAAGCAAUAAGAAAAAUUCUGACUACACGAAACUUUUUUAUAUCGAGGGCGAAGGUCCUGUCGUUGACGUCAUCAAAGAUAAGGAUGGGGAUACUGUAGAUGCCACUAAAAAACCAGUAACUCUGGAAGGUUACGUCAAAAUGAACCAGCUGGCCACCUACCACACACAGCAGCUGCAGCAGCAACAGAAGCUGCAACAGCAGCAAAAGCAGCAGAAAUUCCAACUAGAACGCUGCCAGCAGCAAGAAUUGCAACAGGAACUGCAACAGCUUGAAAUGUUGCAGCAACAAUUGGAUCUCAAGUCGGGCAGGUCAAAAACAACUGAGGACAUUGGUGCAAUUGCUGGCGUAUCUAUUGAGAACAACGUGGCAACAUCUCCAGCGACAACUUCAACAAUUUCGUCAUCGUUUCAGCAGCAACUUCAACAUCGCAGAUCCAACCUCAGAGACCGCUCCCUGCCACCGAGCAGUCGCAAGAUGAAGGUACAAUUCCUUCAACAUCAGUCGCCGACAGCCAAGGUGAACUAUCUAUGUAUAGGUAAAGUACUGUAUGUAAAAACCGAAGACCGAAUCACCUGUACUCGUGAAAUUGUACUUUUCAGACCCGUUAGGUUCUGGACUGGACUGUACUCAAUACAUUGUACUUUCUGGACCUCUGCUUUGUACUAUUUUUAA